AUGACUAUAAGGAACCAACGAUUAUCUCUUCUAAAACAACCUAUAUCCUCCACACUUAAUCAACAUUUGAUAGAUUAUCCAACCCCGAGCAAUAUUAGUUAUUGGUGGGGCUUCGGUUCGUUAGCUGGUAUUUGUUUGGUAAUUCAGAUAGUGACUGGCGUUUUUUUAGCUAUGCAUUACACACCUCAUGUGGAUCUAGCUUUCAACAGCGUAGAACACGUUAUGAGAGAUGUUGAAGGGGGCUGGUUGCUCCGUUAUAUGCAUGCUAAUGGGGCAAGUAUGUUUCUCAUUGUGGUUCACCUUCAUAUUUUUCGUGGUCUAUAUCAUGCGAGUUAUAGCAGUCCUAGGGAAUUUGUUCGGUGUAUAGGAGUUGUAAUCUUCCUAUUAAUGAUUGUGACAGCUUUUACAGGAUACGUACUACCUUGGGGUCAGAUGAGCUUUUGGGGAGCUACAGUAAUUACAAGCUUAGCUAGCGCCAUACCUGUAGUAGGAGAUACCAUAGUUACUUGGCUUUGGGGUGGUUUCUCCGUGGACAAUGCCACCUUAAAUCGUUUUUUUAGUCUUCAUCAUUUACUCCCCUUUAUUUUAGUAGGCGCCAGUCUUCUUCAUCUGGCCGCAUUGCAUCAAUAUGGAUCAAAUAAUCCAUUGGGUGUACAUUCAGAGAUGGAUCAAAUUUCUUUUUACCCUUAUUUUUAUGUAAAGGAUCUAGUAGGUUGGGUAGCUUUUGCUAUCUUUUUUUCCAUUUGGAUUUUUUAUGCUCCUAAUGUUUUGGGGCAUCCCGACAAUUAUAUACCUGCUAAUCCGAUGCCCACCCCGCCUCAUAUUGUGCCGGAAUGGUAUUUCCUACCGAUCCAUGCCAUUCUUCGUAGUAUACCUGACAAAUCGGGAGGUGUAGCCGCAAUAGCACCUGUUUUUAUAUGUCUGUUGGCUUUACCUUUUUUUAAAAGUAUGUACGUGCGUAGUUCAAGUUUUCGCCCUAUUCACCAAGGAAUAUUUUGGUUGCUUUUGGCGGAUCGCUUACUACUAGGUUGGAUCGGAUGUCAACCUGUGGAGGCACCAUUUGUUACUAUUGGACAAAUUCCUCCUUUUGUGUUCUUCUUGUUCUUUGCCAUAACGCCCAUUCCGGGACGAGUUGGAAGAGGAAUUCCUAAUUCUUACACGGAUGAGACUGAUCAGUGA